UCUUGGUUAUGUAAGAUAAACAUAACCUAUAUACGUGUAUUAUUAAUAUCAGAAGUGAUAACUUUAAUUUGAAAAUGAAUAUCAGUGCAUUUACAUUGUUCAGGCUAAGGCCGUUCUCUUUAAAAUUCAAUUUAAAUUUUCCCUGCAAUAAUUAUGCCAAAAAGGAUUCUGGUGGUGUUAGUAUGGUUGGAGGUGCUCUGAAAAAGAAGAAAAUGGGAAAAAUGGGUCCAGCAGUUGAGAAAAAAGUAUUACCAGUUGAGACUGACCCCAAGAAACUUGUAUCUAUUGUCUGUGGCUCGAAUAUAUUCAAAACUGGAGAAGAUGUAAAAAUCAGACCGAUGGAAGAAUACCCUGAUUGGCUUUGGAAUCUUCGCACAGGACCGGCCCCACCCUUAGAAGAAUUGGAUCCAGAAUCUAAGCAAUAUUGGAGGAAAUUAAAGAAAUUAGCUAUGAAGAGGAACAACAAAUUGAGCCAGCUCAAACAAUUUUAAUAGAAUAAAACUUAGAAGUAAUUCAAGCAGUUUCUUUCAUUUGCAUAUUGAUUUUGUAUAUAGGUAUAUAAAUAUGUCACUUUCCUAUUGAUUUGUGGAUUCAAACUAAUACACUGUUUUGCCUGGAACAUGAAACAGCACUGGUUACCAUUGGCAACAUAAAUAAGGUGGCUUCAUAGAGACUAGUGUACUAGAGCCAGUUUGUUCUAGUAUGAUGAUGACUUUAAAACUGUUCAUAACAAUUUAAAUGUUCUGUUACAUCAUAUAAAUGCCAAUUAGCAGUAGUGCUGCUUCAGUU